GCAAUUCCCCUACCAUUUUCAUUUCAGUCUGCACUCUAUUUCUUCUCUCUAAAAUGGCACUUUUUGCGAGCACCACCGACCAACUUCCAUUCUUCUUUGUGCUGUUUUUCUUUGCUCUUUUAACCACCGUCCAGUCCGCUUCGCACUCGGCGCCGGCCCCCGCUGUGGACUGCUCUAGUCUCGUAUUAAACUUGGCGGACUGCCUUUCAUUUGUGACCAGCGGAAGCACCACCAAGAAAUCUGAAGGUUCUUGCUGUUCUGGGCUUAAGACAGUAUUGAAAGCAGACGCUGAGUGCCUCUGCGAGGCUUUCAAGAAUAGCGCACAGUUGGGUGUCACUCUUAAUGUGACCAAGGCCUUGACUUUACCUGCUACCUGCCAUGUCUCUGCCCCUUCUGUUAGCAACUGUGGCCUGACUGCCGCCGGUGCUGCUCCAGCUAUUUCUCCUUCGGCAUUAUCUCCUACUGCAAUUCCAGGUGCUCCAACUACCAGUAUAGUACCUAAUGAACUUGCACCUGCACCGGCACCUGGUCCUGCUCUAGGAAGCUCUGGUUCCUCUGCCCUAGCCAUCUCUGUUGGGUUUCUCGUUCUUUCCAUGGUGACUGCUGUAUCUUCAGCUUUAUUCUGAGAGCUUAUUGUACUCUCUUCUUUUCGAGACAGAAUUGAGCUUCUUUUUAGUUAUUUAACCUUUAGUAAUAACAGGCUUUGUAGAUGUGAGACGAUUAUUAGAAGGUUCCAUUUUGAGUUUCUUCUUUUUCGUAUCGUUGUGUUAUUCAGUAUUUAAUGGACGUGGAUUUUAUCCUUA